CGGUCGCUUUUCAAUCGGGUCCCGACGGACUGAACACCUUCAGAGCGCUGGUGUCUUUGAGGUUUUGUGGGACCUCGUGGUUCUCGAGAGGGACUUUGUCAUUUGAUUACUUCGUUCUUGUGUGUUUCUUCUGCUUGUUUGGAAAAAAAACAAAUCAAGGAGUGGAUUAAUUUCGUUUCGUGUCGUGUUUUCAUAUUAUUGCUUUGAAGUUGGUUUUUUUCGAAAUAAACAUCAUGGUAAAGGAAUUAAGUGCGGAGCUACUGAAGACCCAAGGGAAAUUUUAUGCAGACUUGUGGAAAGAAAAACCUCGUGAUGCUCCGCCGACGAUGCCAGCGAACGGCAGCGACACGUCCCUGGACCUGGUGGGGGAGCCAGACCCCCUCACCUACUCCUGGAGGAACGUCAGCGUCUACUACAGCCGCAGCACCAAGGCCAUAGACGUCCCCAUACUCAAAGGAGUGACGGGCAUCUGUCGUCCCGGCGAGCUGCUGGCCAUCAUGGGGGCGUCGGGCGCGGGCAAGACGACGCUGCUCAACGUGCUCACGCACCGCAACAACGACAAGCUGCGCAUCGUCGGCGACCUCUUCGUCAACGGCCACCGCGUGGACCCCGACUCCCUCACCAGCCGCUCCGCCUACGUGCAGCAGGACGACCUCUUCAUCGGGACGCUGACAGUCCGAGAGCAGCUGAUCUUCCAGGCCCUGUUGAGGAUGGACCGGCAUGUCACGUAUGACGAGAGGAUCAAACGAGUCAACCAGGUCAUCAUGGAGCUCGGCCUCGUCAAGUGCGAGAACACUCUCAUUGGCGUCCCGGGAAAGGCCAAGAGCAUCUCCGGAGGUGAAAUGAAGCGACUCAGCUUUGCCUGCGAGAUCCUGACCAACCCGUCCCUCAUGUUCUGCGACGAGCCCACCUCCGGCCUGGACUCCUUCAUGGCCCAGAACGUGGUGGCCGUCAUGAAGAACAUGGCCGAGCGGGGAAAGACCAUCAUCUCGACCAUCCACCAGCCCAGCUCCGAGGUCUUCGCCAUGUUCGAUCGCGUCCUCCUCAUGGCCGAGGGUCGAGUCGCGUUCCUGGGCGAGGUCGAGGCCGCCCUCAAGUUCUUCGGCAGCAUCGACCUCCAUUGCCCGAAGCAGUACAACCCCUCGGACCAUUUCAUCGACCAGCUCUCCGUGCAGCCCGGCAAGGAGCUCAAAUGCCGCCAGAAGAUCGACAUGAUCUGCGACGCGUUCCGGUCCAGCUGUUUCAACGAGGACAUCAAGGGGGGCGUGUUGGCGAACGAGCAGCCCAGCGGUGUGACUUACCAAAAGGAAAAUGAAGACGACGGGCGGUGUCCUUAUAAGGCCUCCUGGUGCAAGCAAUUCCGGGCCGUCUGCUGGAGGUCUUGGCUGGAGGUUGUGAGGGAGCCCUUCCUGAUCCGGGUCCGGUUCCUGCAGAUCAUGGCGAUAGCGAUCAUGGUGGGCGUGUUGUAAGGGGACAAACAUGGACGAGGUGGCGUGUUCAACAUCAACGGCGCCCUCUUCCUCCUUCUCACCAACAUGACUUUCCAGAACUGCUCGGCCGUCAUCAACACCUUCUGCUCCCAAAAGCACCUGUUUCUACGAGAACACUACAACGGCAUGUACCGGCCCGACGUGUACUUCCUGGCCAAGAACCUCGUCGAGAUGCCGUUCUUCGUGACCUACUCGUUCCUGUACGCCACCAUCAUGUACUUCAUGAUUGGUCUGAACCCUUCGCUCGACCGGUUCCUGACCUGUGCCCUCGUGUCGGUCCUGGUGGCGCUGACCGCCGUGUCCUUCGGCUAUCUCCUGUCUUGUAUGGCGAGCUCCGUCAACAUGGCCCUCACGCUCCUGGCACCGAUGACUAUUCCCAUGAUGCUCUUUGGAGGAUUCUUCUUGAACGAGAAAUCGACGCCCGUCUACAUGAUAUGGGUCAAGUACCUCUCCUGGUUCAACUACGGCAACGAGGCCCUCAUGAUCAACCAGUGGCAGGGCGUGAGCAACCUGACCUGCACCGGGGUCAAGACCUGUUUCGCGGACGGGGAGUCUAUCCUGGCCCACCUCGGCUACUCCCAAGACGACCUGUGGUGGGACGUGGCGUGCCUGGGGGUCCUCAUCGUCGUUUACAGAGUGGUGGCCUUCCUGCUGCUGCUCCUCCGCACGCACAGGGGGAAGACGCGGUCGUGAGGGACCGAGGCGAAGGAGGGAGACCUUCCUCGGCGUUCCUUUCGCAUAGGAACGACGGCACGGAGGGUCUCGGUGCAUUAAGGCUUGUGAAAAGUGGUGUGAUUCCUAGUUUGCUGCGAGGCUUCGAGAGACGGAAGCGAAAUGGA